CUCCUCAGGGAGCCGCCAUUUCCCGACGUGCCCCGCGCCCAACGGCGGGCAGCGGGGGCCGCCAUGUUGGCGCGGACGGCGGAGUCCACCCGGUGCCGGUCCGAGGAGAUGCCGCAGCGGGCGGCGGGGCAGGAGACAUCCACCGGUGGAUCCCCCUGUGCGGCUGACGGUGCUGUGCCAGAACCUGACCCCGGAGAAAAGAAAGGGGAUGCUGAGCAACCCGUAAAGGCACCUGACGUAACUGCUGUUAGCAAGGAGAACGUUAGUUCCCUUGUGAACACUGGAGCAGGUACAAGGAAAAGAUCCCGUGGAAGUCCAAGCCCCAGGAAAAGCCCGCUCCUUGUCAGUCCUCAAGCCAAGCGUCGCUCUUGGCGUCGUUCAAGCCUGAAGGGGACAAAACGUCGGAAAUCUCUGCCUCCUUUUCACCAGGAUGUCACUGAAUUGUGCGAGUCAAUUAGCCUUGAUCUGCCAGAGACAGAUCGGCUUUCUGUGCUGUUGCUGUCCAGUUUCCAGUUUUCUGCGCAGAAACUUGAACACGUCUUGAAGCAGACAGAGGGUUUUAGACCUGAGGCUUUCAAAGCUAACGUCAACUCGGUUUCGGAAGACCUGAAGCGAUACAUAGAGAAACUGAAACUAGAUGGAACACUGAAGACCUGCGUAGAGAAGACUGAAAUGGGUUCAUUGGAUUCCAUUUCAGACGAGUCAGUGGCCCAAGCCAAGGAGCAUAUCGCCAGGUUUUCUGCUGAAUGUCAGGCUUGGGAUGAGCUCUUACAGCGCUACCAGAAAGGCGCUGAAGAAAUGGCCAGGCAGCUGGAGGAGUGCAAGGCUAAUCAAGGACUCGCAGAGCCUCCGAACUACCUGGAGACGUCUCAGGCCGAGGUCCUGAGCAGCAAACCCAACUACCGGGAGAUCCUGGAUGCGCAGGGCGAGGUCCUGAAGUGCGUGGAGCUGGUGCUCGACGAACUGCGGCAGGCGGUGGAGCUGCUGCGGGCUUUCGGUGAGGACGGCCGCCAGUACCUGCGGGGACUGUCGCAGCACCUGGCGGCACGGACCUUCCGGCGCCUGGAGGACUCGCCGGUGCGCAAGCUCCUCGCUGCCCCGCGGAGGCCGGCGCCGCCGGAGGGCUGAGGGAGCCGGGACCGGGACCGGGACCGGGACCGGGAGCAGGCGCGGGCCGCGGGCCGCUCAAUAAACACGGCUCUCUUCCGCC